AUGGGUAGAGAGAAUCGUCAUGGAGAGCAUGAUUCUCUUUGUGACAUGCACUGCACAUCAAUUAUCCCCAAAACAGUGUAUAUUAUGGGAGGUGGUGAAGGUUCUUCAGCUAGGGAAGCUCUGAAACACAAGUCAAUGGAGAAAGUAGUUAUGUGUGAUAUUGACAAGGAUGCAAUGCAAAGGAAAGCUCUUGCUUCUGCAGCUGCUGCUGCUGCAUUAGAAGAGGCCAAUGCUACUGAAUGCAUAAUAAGAAAUUUAAGAUUGCUUCAGAUGGACUCAAACAUAGAGUGUUUGAGGUUUCUCUGGCUGAUCUCCAAGGGGAUGAAGAUCCCGCUUUCAGGAAGAUUAGGCUGUUCUCUGGCUGAUCUCCAAGGCGAAAGCCACUGA